AUGUUCAGGUUACUCACCCUCUUUUCAUUCACCGUGUUUAUUAGUUCCGUCUUCGCAUCGGCUCCAUCUCAGGACUGGGAGCAGGUUGCUGCCACCUUGCGCAGCACCGUGGAAGUCCUCCAGCUGGCUCACAAGCAAUACCUAGCGCAAACGACAAACCCGCACUUCAGACGAGACUCGACUUUUCGAACCGGUCCGGCAGGCUACUGGCAACCUCUGGCUGCCAACAAACGUCUCGAUGCCUCCGAUGACUUCUCCGGUCAGCUGCACGACCUGAUCAAUGAGAUCGGAAGCGCCGUGCAACAGCUCAUCGAGUUGCUGGCUUCACAGUUCGACAACAUCGGAGGGCUACUAACCAGCACCACCGCCUCUUCAAUCCCAGCUGCCUCCACCACUACACCUCAACCAUCGGUACUGCCCAUAACGAACCUAAACACGCCUCCCGCAGCGACUACUGCCUCCCGAAGCCUUGUUCCCGAUCGCCCUUUACAUACAUCGUCGACAUCCUCUCGACCAUCAGCAACUUACACGUUCAACCCUCGUGCUACCGACCUUAACGUCGUGUACUACUCCCAAACUGACCUCACGCCCGUAAUCUCUCUGACGCAAGUAUGCGACGACCCUGCAAUCGACAUCGUCAUCCUGGCCUUUGUCACGCACCUCGUCUCCAAUGGCGGCUAUCCAGCAAUGAACAUGGCGUCGAAUUGCUGGGCUCCUAAUGCGGCCCAACAAGCAGCCGGAGCGACGGGCCUUCUGGACUGCGUGGGCGACGGCUUCGCCAGCAAGAUUGCGCAGUGUCAACAGCGUGGCAAAAAAGUCAUGCUCAGUCUGGGCGGGUCGGUAGGAGACUUGUCCAUGGGCAGCGCCGCCCAGGCCGAGCAAGUUGCCAACACAAUCUGGGAUCUAUUCCUGGGCGGGACAAAUCCAACGACCGCACCCUUGAGACCAUAUGGCACCGUCGUCCUGGACGGCAUAGACAUUGACAACGAAUCCCCUUCGGGCUCAACCUACCUUCCGACCCUAGCCCGCACCCUCCGCCAGCUAAUGUCCACGGCUCCGAAACCGUACUAUCUGUCAGUCGCGCCGCAAUGUCCACGCCCAGACGCCUCGGUCCCGGUCCCCGCCCUGCUGCCCUACAUCGACUUCUUCGCCGACUGGUCCAAUGACCUCCUCGCCCUCGGGUCUCUGGUCUCGGGUUCUCGAGUCAUGAGGUCUUUGGGCUUCCAGAACAUCAACAACGGCGUGGACUCUCCGAGACUGUUGAUCGGCACGCCUGCCUUUGCGGGGGCAGGGUCCGGAUACGUUGAUGUCCCGACGUACAAGACCAUGAUGCAGCGCGUGAGGGAGCUGGGUCUGCCAAACCUAGCGGGCGCGAUGUUCUGGGACGGGGCGUACCAGGAGAUUAGUGCGACGACAUUGGGAAAUGACGGGAUGAACGCCACUUUUGCGGAAGUCGUCAAGCAGGUCUUUGCAUAG